CAAGCCUCGACAACUCUCGCACAGUCUUCGAGCUACAUCUGCUCAAAGCAGUGUGAAGCUUCAAUUGUGUCGUCCGACUUCAAUUGACCUCGUACGCAAUGGCUCCCUCUCUGAGUCUGCGUCCGCGAACGAGCGAACGCCCUCCAACCCGUGAUGCAGGUGACACCAGUCUGGUCAUCCCCAGCAGGACCUCUUCUCUGCAUUCAAGAAUCACUCAACCACUACCCUCGACCCUGAACAUCAAGCCUGGCCAGCGCUCGCCCAAGACUCUCACUCAUGCCUACAUGGUAUGUGGUGUUGGCCGUGAGCCAUCCCAGUGGGUCAAGGCUCCUACUCCAACCCAAGGAAAGAUUGGACACAUGAAAGGUGCAAUUGGCGCUUUCUGGCUUCCUGAGAUUCUUGGAAGCAGCCCUAGGUUGGAGCAGGACAAUGAGAUUGCCAGGUCUCUUCACUCUGCUAUGCGCGCAUGCUUUCCUCACGAUGUAGAGAUCUGUACCGGCAGGAGCCAGCCGCACUGCGUCCAUCAUUCCUUCGUCCUUCAGCAGGACUCCUCUCACACCCUAUAUGGCAUUGCUCUUCGUGUCUGGUCCCGUGCAGAUGAGAAGAGAGCUGAGACAAUCCGCGAUCUCCGCAAGCGCACCGAGUCCGACUUCUUCGACAGCCCAGAUGACACAUACUGGAUUCCAUACUGUCUCAGCUUUCUCUCCAGAUAUCCUCUCUAUGAUCUGCUGGGCGAUUACCUUCGUGGAAUGUGGAUUCACUGGAACAAAGCUACCAACCUCUUCCAUGCUGAGGAGGUAUCCAGGAUCUUGAGCUUCCCAGCCCCAAGAUUGAACGAUCUUGUCCGCAUCGACAUGAAGGACUACGCGCUUUGCUAUCAAUUCCCAUCGUCUCCUACAGGAUUCCAGAAUUUCGCCAUGUGGCCCUUGUUCGAAUGUCUCUCUAUCCCGAACAUUGUGGGUGUCAUGGAAGCUGCAGUCUCUCCUACUCGGAGAAUCAUAUUCGUGUCUCACUAUCCAGCAAUGUUAACCGUCGCCGCCGAGACCGUCAGAUUCUGCGUCCGUAUCUACGAGUGGAGUGGCUUGUACGUGCCUGUAGUCCACGCUCGUCACGCAAAGGAAUUGGUUCAAGAGCCUGGUCCGUACAUUCUAGGCGUUACAGCGGAAUGCCGCACCCUUUUCACUGCGCCCAGCGAUGCCCUUGUCGUUGACUUGGACCGCAACUUCGUCCUAACCUCGGAUCCUCCAACAGCUCUGAGCCAAGGCCAGAGGACUAAGAUGAUCAACCGCCUUACUCAGGCUUUGAAUGGUGAUGUUGCUCCUUCCGGUGUGCCACAACACCUCCGCUCUGCUUAUGGUGGGGGAAAGCUUAUUCCGGCUGGCACGAUCAUCGUCAUGAAAGGCGAGGUUGAGAGCAUCCAAGAUCCCGAUUGGUGGAACCAGGAUUCAGUCAUGACUGUCAUGGACCAUGUCUGUGAAAAGCUUGGUCGCAACACUGGUAUGAAGGCCAUCUUUGGUGGUUCUGUCAAGAAGCCUUUGAUGACCAAGGUCUCCAUGCGCCACCUCAACGAAAUCGUUCGCGAGCGCAACCAGUACUCUCGGGACGCGAUGGAGGCAUGGCAAGACUUUAUCAACCUCAAGGGCCGCAUGGACACCGAGCUUGGAAAGGUGACGAAGCGUAACAACUUCCUCGUCGAAGAGCUUGAGAGCUGGAAGCAACAGUUCCUCAAGUUCCAGGCAUUCGCUGAACAGCUCACCAAGGAGACCCAAGAUCUCAAGACCAAGAUUGAAACCCACAAGAAGGAAAAUCGCCGUCUGACUGGUCUCAUCGACCAACAGAAGGACGAUACUGCACGACUCACCGUACGCCUAUCUGGAACUGAGAAGCAACGUGACGACGCCCUCGAAGCAUUGGUGCUCCAGCAAGAGAUCGCCGAGGAGCUCGAGCGCGAAAGGAAGCGCAACGCCAAGGAGUUGUCUGCACUUCAGCACACCAACCUUACCAUCAUGCGACAACGCGAGGAAGCUCAGCGUGUUGUCCUCCAUCUGCGCGCGUUGAUUGAUGGUCAAGCACAUCAUAUGCAACACAUUGUCAAGUCUCUCGCCAACGCUCCGGAAUUGGCUGAGCUCCUCCAAGAAGGCUUCGACGACCUCAUUGAGGAUGCUGACGGUGAAGUGCAAGCCGAAGGCCAGAUGGAAUACGAAUCCGAAAAGUCCCACGCCCAUCGUGCAUCUCACCAAGUAUCACGACAGUCUUCAAGACCAUCCACUCGUACCGUCAGCCGGGGCAGCACCAUUGACCUUCAAAGUCACGAGAACGAAGACGUAUCUCCCGACAUGGAGCGACGCCUUCUCUCCAGUCCCGUCAACCGCAAACGUUUCUCUAAUCAAAGUAUGAUUGACGUUGCAGACAAGCAUCUUCGCGACAAGACCGACGCCAUUGCUUACAUCAUCCGCAAUAUCUCGGAACAAUGUGCGGCGGCCGUUGAGGGUCUUCAUCUCGCUCAACAGGCAGAUGACGAGGAUAUGAGGAGUGAGAAGAAUGACAGCGUGCAGGCCCCGCCAUCAGAUGAUGGACACGACCAAAGCAUGAACAGCGAGUACGGUGACGGUGACUCUGUCAUCACCUCCUCUCACCGACACUCGAGCAUUCCUCCCACCCCAGAUUUAGUCCACAACCGCUCUAGCACAUCAAUGUCGAUGAUGAGCAGCUCGACUACUCCAGACCGUCAUAGUCUACAGCACUAUAAGAACGAUGAACCCGCCGUUCCCACCAAGAUUAUCGAACAUGAAGACGAAGCUGCUGCUGCUGAAGAGCAUGAGAACCAGCGAGAGCUGACACCGGUUGCGAAGAAGUUGGGACCCAAGGUCCGCAGACUUGUCGAGUCCCGUUUCACGACCGCCUGAACGCUUUUUGUUUCAAUCAGCUGGAAUGCAACACGUCGACCCUCAGCGACUAACGAGAGCAUUCCCUGUUUUACUACGUUACAUGUUGCAUACUUGAAUUUAUAUACCUGGCGAACUUGGAGCAUGCGGUGUUUGGAUAAGCAUCGACUUUCCCCUCACAUACCGACACAAACCGACC